AUGACAACCGAGGAUGAGAUUGUUUCAUAUACAUUAAAACCAGAUUUAAAUGAGGAGGAACACACAGUUAAAGUACUCAGUGAAGAAGCUGAUAAGUCUGAAAUUGGAUAUUUAGAAAAUGAUAAAGUUGAAGGUAGCGUUGAUAAGAAAAAUGAGAUUACUUUAGAAAAGGAUUUUACGAUUGACACGGCUUUCGAGGACGAAAUUAAAGAUGAAUUCAUGCAAACCAUUGUUCCUACGGCAGAUCCAGCUGUUCAACACAUGGGUGAUGUAAUACAAGACGACGUGGAUUACGAGAAAGCCGAAGGCACUGCUAAUGACGUUAUGGUAUUCAAUUCAGAGUUCGAAAUUGAUAAGCACAUUUUAACAGCAGAGCAAAUUGAAGAUGAAAAUGGUCUAACCAUAAAAAGAGAAAGAACAACCGUAAGUAGUCAGGUAAAUAAUGUUAAUGAAAUGACCGAAAAUAGGAAACCGCCAUGUGAAUAUGAAACAGAUGCAAAUGAGCACAACAGCCAAGAUAGAAUAAUCUCAAGCACAGAGAAUAAUGAAUAUGAAAACAAAGAUUUAGGAAAUAUGAAAGUCGAAGGCGUUAAUGAAAACAAUGAAAUGAUUUCAGAAAUUGAUCAUCAAUUGAACAUGAUAAUAACUGGACAACUUAAAGAAGAAAAGAUCGAUCAAACUGCUGUACGCCUAUGCGGCCUAUACGCGUCAGAGAGUGAAAUGCAAAUGAUAUCAGUGGGUGAAAAAGUUGAACAUGAAAUAACUACAAAGGGUGACGUAGAAGCCGCAACUUGUCCGACUAAAGAUGUUCUUAUGGUGACAGUUGAGAAACAGGCCAACGAAUCUGAAACAGAUGCGCAUAAGCAGAACGAUAAACACGAAUAUAUAACUGAGAGAGAAGCGGGUGAGACUAAAAUUGACGAACGAGAGGCAAAACCUAUCGAAGGCAUCGAUGCUAUACAAAACGUUAUUUUUUCUGAUACUGAACGCCUCAAUCAGACACAUAACGACUCCCAAGCUACAGAAGAUCAAAAACCGAUUGAUGAAUUUGAAAUAAUGGCAUAUGAGCACGACAGCGACAGUGGAAGUAUCUCUAAUUUAUUGGCUCAAGGCACCGAAAUUAAGCAAUUAGAAAAUACAAAUGAUGAAUAUACCCAUGAUCAGGACAGAAUUUUAGAGGAAGAAAGUCAAAAGGUCGUCAUGUUAACAGAUAAACUUGAAGAAGACAUGCAGCAAACCCCUGAUACUGAAUCAGAACUCAAUACAAUACCUAAGAUUGAAGAAAUGAAUGACGGCAUGGAGAAGAAGAAUGUCGAAGAUACUGAUGAGAAGGUGAUUGACAAUAUUCCUGAAUCUAAAUCGGAUAUGCAAACCACCACGUUAGUAGAAAUCAAAGAACAUGAUGAUCAUUUCCUCAAAAGUGAAGAAUGGACCCUUACUGGUAAAACACAUGAUAUUACAGAAAUGACAACCGAGGAUAAGAUUGUUUCAUAUACAUUAAAACCAGAUUUAAAUGAGGAGGAACACACAGUUGAAGUACUUAGUGAAGAAGCUGAUAAGUCUGAAAUUGGAUAUUUAGAAAAUGAUAAAGUUGAAGGUAGCGUUGAUAAGAAAAAUGAGAUUACUUUAGAAAAGGAUUUUACGAUUGACACGGCUUCAGAAGACAAAAUUAAAAAUGAAUUAAUGCAAACCAUUGUUCCUACAGCAGAUCCAGCUGUUCAACACAUGGGUGAUGUAAUACAAGACGACCUGGAUAACGAGAAAUCCGAAGGCACUGCUAAUGGCGUUAUGGUAUUCAAUUCAGAGUUCGAAAUUGAUAAGCACAUUUCAACAACAGAGCAAGUUGAAGACAAAAAUGAUCUAACCAUAAAAAGUGAAACAACAACCGUAAGUAGUCAGGUAAAUGAUGUUAAUGAAAUGACCGAAAAUAAAAAACCGCCAUGUGAAUCUGAAACAGCUGCAAACGAGCACAACAACCAAGAUCAAAUAAUCUCAAGUCCAGAGAAUAAUGAAUAUGAAGACAAAGAAUUAGGAAAUAUGAAAGUCGAAGGCGUUAAUGAAAACAAUGAAAGGAUUUCAGAAAUUGAUCACCAAUUGAACAUGAUAAUAACUGAACAAAUUAAAGAAACUGCUGAUACGGAAGCACAACAGUUCAAUGAAAACGUGGACAUUACAAAAGACGAUGGUACCAGUGAUAAAAUAAGUGACGGCCUAUACGCGUCAGAGAGUGAAAUGCAAAUGACGUCAGUGGGAGAAAAAGAUGAACAUGAACUAACUACAAAGGGUGACGUAGAAGUCGCAACUUGUCCGACUAAUGAUGUUCUUAUGGUGACAGUUGAGAAACAGGCCAACGAAUCUGAAACAGAUGCGCAUAAGCAUAACAAUAAAUACGAAUAUAUAACUGAGAGAGAAGCGGGUGAGACUAAAAUUGAAAAGGGAGAGACAAAAAAUAUUGAAAAACUCGAUGCUAUACAAAAUGUCAGUUUUUCUGAUACUGAACGACCCAGUCAGACACAUAACGAUCCUAAAACUAAAGAAGAUAAAAAAUUGAUUGAUGAAUCUGAAAUAGGGGUAUAUGAGCACGACAGCGACAGUGGAAGUAUCUCUAAUUCAAUGGCUCAAGGCACCGACGUUAAGAAGUUAGAAAAUACAAAUGAUGAAUAUACCGAUGACCAGGACAGAAUUUUAGAGGAAGAAAGUCAAAAGGUCAAAAAGUUAACAGAUAACCUGGAAGAAGACAUGCAGCAAACCCCUGACACUGAAUCAGAACUCAAUACAAUACCUAAGAUUGAAGAAAUAAAUGACGGCGUGGAAAAGAAAAACGUCGAAGAUACUGAUGAUAAGGUGAUUGACAAUAUUCCUGAAUCUAAAUCGGAUAUGCGAACCACCGCGUUCGUAGAAAUGAAAGAACUUGAAGAUCAUUUCCUCAAAAGUGAAGAUGGAACCGUUACUGGUAAGACACAUGAUAUUACAGAAAUGACAACCGAGGAUAAGAUUGUUUCAUAUACAUUAAAACCAGAUUUAAAUGAGGAGGAACGCACAGUUGAAGUACUCAGAGAAGAAACUGAUAAGUCUGAAAUUGGAUAUUUAGAAAAUGAUAAAGUUGAAGGUAGCGUUGAUAAGAAAAAUAAGAUUACUUUAGAAAAGGAUUUUACGAUUGACACGGCUUCAGAAGACAAAAUUAAAGAUGAAUUCAUGCAAACCAUUGUUCCUACGGCAGAUCCAGCUGUUCAACACAUGGUUGAUGUAAUACAAGACGACGUGGAUAACGAGAAAUCCGAAGGCACUGCUAAUGGCGUUAUGGUAUUCAAUUCAGAGUUCGAAAUUGAUAAGCACAUUUCAACAGCAGAGCAAGUUGAAGACGAAAAUGAUCUAACCAUAAAAAGUGAAACAACAACCGUAAGUAGUCAGGUAAAGGAUGUUAAUGAAAUUACCGAAAAUAAGAAACCGCCAUGUGAAUCUGAAACAGCUGCAAACGAGCACAACAACCAAGAUCGAAUAAUCUCAAGUCCAGAGAAUUAUGAAUAUGAAGACAAAGAUUUAGGAAAUAUGAAAGUCAAAGGCGUUAAUGAGAACAAUGAAAAUAUUUCAGAAAUUGAUCAUCCAUUGAACAUGAUAAUAACUGAACAACUUAAAGAAGAAAAGAUCGAUCAAACUGCUGAUACGGAAGCACAACAGUUCAAUGAAAACGUGGACAUUUCAAAAGACGAUGGUACCAGUGAUAAAAUAAGUGAUGGAAUAUACGCGUCAGAGAGUGAAAUGCAAAUGACAUCCGUGGGAGAAAAGGUUGAACAUAAAAUAACUACAAAGGGUGACGUAGAAGGCACAACUUGUCCGACUAAUGAUGUUCUUAUGGUGACAGUUGAGAAACAGGCAAACGAAUCUGAAACAGAUGCGCAUAAGCAGAACGAUAAACACGAAUAUAUAACUGAGAGAGAAGCGGGUGAGACUAAAAUUGACGAACGAGAGGCAAAAACUUUCGAAGGCGUCGAUGCUAUACAAAACAUUAUUUUUUCUGAUACUGAACGCCUCAAUCAGACACAAAACGAUUCCCAAGCUACAGAAGAUCAAAAACUGAUUGAUGAAUGUGAAAUAAUGGCAUAUGAGCACGACAGCGACAGUAGAAGUAUCCCUAAUUCAUUGGCUCAAGGCACCGAAAUUAAGCAGUUAGAAAAUACAAAUGAUGAAUAUACCCAUGAUCAGGACAGAAUUUUAGAGGAAGAAAGUCAAAAGGUCAACAUGUUAACAGAUAAACUUGAAGACGACAUGCAGCAAACCCCUGACACUGAAUCAGAACUCAAUACAAUACCUAAGAUUGAAGAAAUGAAUGACGGCGUGGAGAAGAAGAACGUCGAAGAUACUGAUGAGAAGGUGAUUGACAAUAUUCCUGAAUCUAAAUCGGAUAUGCAAACCACCACGUUAGUAGAAAUCAAAGAACAUGAUGAUCAUUUCCUCAAUAGUGAAGAAUGGACCCUUACUGGUAAAACACAUGAUAUUACAGAAAUGACAACCGAGGAUGAGAUUGUUUCAUAUACAUUAAAACCAGAUUUAAAUGAGGAGGAACACACAGUUAAAGUACUCAGUGAAGAAGCUGAUAAGUCUGAAAUUGGAUAUUUAGCAAAUGAUAAAGUUGAAGGAAGCGUUGAUAAGAAAAAUGAGAUUACUUUAGAAAAGGAUUUUACGAUUGACACGGCUUUCGAGGACGAAAUUAAAGAUGAAUUCGUGCAAACCACUGUUCCUACGGCAGAUCCAGCUGUUCAACACAUGGGUGAUGUAAUACAAGACGACGUGGAUCACGAGAAAGCCGAAGGCACUGCUAAUGACGUUAUGGUAUUCAAUUCAGAGUUCGAAAUUGAUAAGCACAUUUUAACAGCAGAGCAAAUUGAAGAUGAAAAUGGUCUAACCAUAAAAAGAGAAAGAACAACCGUUAGUAGUCAGGUAAAUAAUGUUAAUGAAAUGACCGAAAAUAGGAAACCGCCAUGUGAAUAUGAAACAGAUGCAAACGAGCACAACAGCCAAGAUAGAAUAAUCUCAAGCACAGAGAAUAAUGAAUAUGAAAACAAAGAUUUAGGAAAUAUGAAAGUCGAAGGCGUUAAUGAAAACAAUGAAAUGAUUUCAGAAAUUGAUCAUCAAUUGAACAUGAUAAUAACUGGACAACUUAAAGAAGAAAAGAUCGAUCAAACUGCUGAUACGGAAGCACAACAGUUCAAUGAAAACGUGGACAUUACAAAAGACGAUGGUACCAGUGAUAAAAUAAGUGACGGCCUAUACGCGUCCGAGAGUGAAAUGCAAAUGACAUCAGUGGGAGAAAAAGAUGAACAUGAACAAACUACAAAGGGUGACGUAGAAUCCGCAACUUGUCCGACUAAUAAUGUUCUUAUGGUGACAGUUGAGAAACAGGCCAACGAAUCUGAAACAGAUUCGCAUAAGCAGAACGAUAAACACGAAUAUAUAACUGAGAGAGAAGCGGAAUUUUAG